AUGUCGGGGCCGUAUGUACUAUUGCAGUUUGGCGAGGAUCCAUGUAAUUGCAGAUACGAAGACUUGGAAAGCCGGCAUGCAUUCACCGUACAAGAGGUCCCUCACAAUCCAAAUAUUGUUGUCAUGCUGCGGCGAGAGGCUGCUUGGUCGCAGCAACAUCCUACUAUAAUGGGACCCGAUAGGUCCUUCCUGUAUUUUGGACCUGGACAAUCGCAAGGACACCUUGCCUACGGCAAUUCACCUCUACAACCAAUGGCCAACUCCAUCAAGCAGAAGCGGGAUUCAAGCAAUUCUCGAUACUUCAAAUCCCAGAAUGGCAGCAAAGAGUACAAGUGGAAAAUAAGUCCCCAGCGAAUAGAGUGCAGUGACGGGCGUUCCACCAUCGCUGUGUGGGAACUGAGUCAGCCAGAAGAUGAAUUUCACGCCCGAUUGACCAUUAGAAGUGGUGGCCUUCCCGUCGUCACUGAAAUCCUCACAACCCUCACACUGAACCGCGUGUCACUCGCCCUCAAUUGGUAG